AUGACUCUCUUCAUCCCCCUACUCUCGCUAUACCUCCCUUCAUCCCUCGACCCUCGCUAUACCUCCCUUCAUCCGUCGACCCUCGCUAUGUCUCCCUUCAUCCCUCUACUAUCGCUAUGCCUCCCUUCAUCCCCCGACUCUCGCUAUACCUCCCUUCAUCCCUCUACUCUCGCUAUGACUCUCUUCAUCCCCCUACUCUCGCUAUACCUCCCUUCAUCCCUCGACCCUCGCUAUACCUCCCUUCAUCCCUCUACUCUUGCUAUGUCUCCCUUCAUCCCUCUACUCUCGCUAUGCCUCCCUUCAUCCCCCGACUAUCGCUAUGUCUCCCUUCAUCCCCCGACUCUCGCUAUGCCUCCCUUCAUCCCCGACUCUCGCUAUGCCUCCCUUCAUCCCCCGACUCUCGCUAUACCUCCCUUCAUCCCUCGACUCUCGCUACACCUCCCUUCAUCCCCCUACUCUUGCUAUAUCUCCCUUCAUCCCUCUAUUCUCGCUAUGCCUCCCUUCAUCCCCCGACUCUCGCUUUACCUCCCUUUAUCCCCCUACUCUCGCUAUACAUCCCCCGACUCUCGCUAUACCUCCCUUCAUCCCCCGACUAUCGCUAUGCCUCCCUUCAUCCCCCGACUCUCGCUUUACCUCCCUUUAUCCCCCUACUCUCGCUAUACAUCCCUCGACUCUCGCUAUGCCUCCCUUUAUCCCCCGACUCUCGGUAUACAUCCCUUCAUCCCCCUACUCUCGCUAUACAUUCCUUCAUCCCUCUACUCUCGCCAUACUUCCCUUCAUCCCCCUACUCUCGCUAUACAUCCCUCGACUCUCGCUAAACCUCCUUUCAUCCCUCGACCCUCGCUAUAUCUCCCUUCAUCCCUCGACCCUCGCUAUGCCUCCCUUUAUCCCCCAACUCUCGCUAUACAUCCCUUCAUCCCUCGACCCUCGCUAUACCUCCCUUCAUCUCCCUACUCUCGCUAUACCUCCCUUCAUCCCCCUACUCUCGGUGUACAUCCCUUCAUCCCUCUACUCUCGCUUUACCUCCCUUCAUCCCCUACUCUCGCUAUGCCUCUCUUCAUCCCCCUACUCUCGGUGUACAUCCCUUCAUCCCCCGACUCUCGCUAUGCCUCCCUUCAUCCCUCUACUCUCUCUAUGCCUCCCUUCAUCCCCCUACUCUCGCUAUGCCUCCCUUCAUCCCCGACUCUCGCUAUAAAUCCCUUCAUCCCCCGACUCUCGGUAUACAUCCCUUCAUCCCCCUACUCUCGCUAUACAUUCCUUCAUCCCUUUACUCUCGCCAUACAUCCCUUCAUCCCCCUACUCUCGCUAUACAUCCCUCGACUCUCGCAAAACCUCCUUUCAUCCCUCGACUCUCGCUAUGCCUCCCUUUAUCCCCCGACUCUCGGUAUACAUCCCUUCAUCCCCCUACUCUCGCUAUACAUUCCUUCAUCCCUCUACUCUCGCCAUACAUCCCUUCAUCCCCCUACUCUCGCUAUACACCCCUCGACUCUCGCUAAACCUCUUUUCAUCCCUCGACCCUCGCUAUAUCUCUCUUCAUCCCUCGACCCUCGCUAUACCUCCCUUUAUCCCCCUACUCUCGCUGUACAUCCCUUCAUCCCUCUACUCUCGCUUUACCUCCCUUCAUCCCCCUACUCUCACUAUACCUCCCUUCAUCCCCUACUCUCGCUAUGCCUCUCUUCAUCCCCGACUCUCGCUAUACCUCCCUUCAUCCCCCGACUCUCGCUACACCUCCCUUCAUCCCCCUACUCUCGCUAUACCUCCCUUCAUCCCUUGACUCUCGCUAUGCCUCCCUUUAUCCCCCGACUCUCGGUAUACAUCCCUUCACCCCCCUGCUCUCGCUAUAUAUUCCUUCAUCCCUCUACUCUCGCCAUACAUCCCUUCAUCCCCCUACUCUCGCUAUACAUCCCUCGACUCUCGCAAAACCUCCUUUCAUCCCUCGACUCUCGCUAUGCCUCCCUUUAUCCCCCGACUCUCGGUAUACAUCCCUUCAUCCCCCUACUCUCGCUAUACAUUCCUUCAUCCCUCUACUCUCGCCAUACAUCCCUUCAUCCCCCUACUCUCGCUAUACAUCCCUCGACUCUCGCUAAACCUCCUUUCAUCCCUCGACCCUCGCUAUACCUCCCUUCAUCUCCCUACUCUCGCUAUACCUCCCUUCAUCCCCCUACUCUCGCUAAACAUCCCUUCAUCCCUCGACCCUCGCUUUACCUCCCUUUAUUCCCCCUACUCUCGCUAUAUAUCCCUUCAUCCAUCGACCCUCGCUAUACCUCCCUUCAUCCCUCGACUCUCGCUAUACAUCCCUUCAUCCCUCGACUCUCGCUAUACCUCCCUUCAUCCCUCGACUCUCGGUAG